AAGGGCAGCUUAAAGGGGCCAGCUAUGCCCCUUUAAGGAGAAAGCGGUGGGGCUGAGUGGGCGGGGCUUCCCGAGGGCCAGCCCCUUUGCCUUCCGCGUGGAAAGAGCAGACCCGGAAGGAGGCGAUGGCGGCGCCCGGAUCGGCCCUGGCCUUUGAGCUGAGUGUCCCUUUCCCGUCAUCAUCAUUGGCACGGAUUGCCCUGGGCUCUUUGGCCCCAGACCCUGAGCCUCGCAAAGGAGGGAUCAGCAAGGAACUCAGUGUGACAGAAGAUACCUUGCACGUAAACAGAUGCUCUCACCCUAGAAGAACAUGUGGGUCAAGAAUAGGACUCUACAGCCUACGUAUCCACCGCCAAGACAUUAUACUUGGAGGGCCAUCAUACUCGGACAGUGAGGGAUUGCCUAAGCGCUGGAGAGCAGAUGAAGCCCGGAUCUUGCGUGUUUCUGUCAGCUCCUUUUUGGAGCAUCUCUCUUUGGUGGUGGAGACCAUGGACCUGUUUGGACCUCCUGUGGCUUAAGAAGUCCUUGGCUUCAACAACAAACAAUAGUGGGCUUGGUCCGAGUCUAUGAAUGGUGAAUAGUCAACGUCAAAUAAGGCACUAGACAAUCCUUCCAUAGAACAAAGAUGAUGGAGGGAGAUGCUCUUUGCGUUGGAUUCUGAUAGACCAUUGGACAUCAAAAGUUAAGUUGGGUAUACUGUGUUAUAAGACUGAGAUAGAAGCACGGCCUUAUUUUUUCAGAUUGUGUCUUCCAUAAUCCCUCACUUUUGUGCUAUCUGUGGCUGAUGGGAGUUGUAAUUUUUAAAAAAAGGUCUGGAAGGCCACAGGUGUGGGCCAAAACAUCUUUGAGGGUAUAUGAGAGGUAUGUAAAAUCUGGAUUUCUCAUAUAUUGCCCAAUGCACUUAUGUCAGCUGAUUAAAUAUGUCUGAGCCACGCAUCCAUAUUGAUUAUCCAUUAUGUACAUGAGCAAAGUCUUAAUAAAAGUGCCCUUUCCAGCUUCUGAAUGAAGAUGAUGAGGUCACAAAGUGUGAGAA